AUGGAGAAGCUCCCGGGCGACGUUUUAUCAAAUAUAUUCAUCCGCUUAUUAGCGAAACAGCUUACUCAAAUGAGACUCGUGUGUAAAACUUGGAAUGCUCUCUUGUCUGAAUCCUCCUUUAUAAAAUCUCACCUCCAUCAUUCAAUCCAUAACAACAACAAGAAGAAGAAGAAGAAGAAGGAUGAGAUUCUUUUGUUCUUUGAGAAGGCGAUUAUUGACUAUUUUUCUAGUACAGGUCCAUUAACAGCACGCUCCUGUGGUUCUCCCCGUCUGGAAGUCAGUAAUUUCAUGAAACUUGAACUCCCAAUUGAUCCCCAACAUGAAAAGCAAAAGCCUAUGAUCAAUGUGGUUGGGUCUGUGAAUGGCUUAAUAUGCUUUUCUUACGUAUCAAAACAUGGUUAUUUCAUUCGCAUUUGGAAUCCUUCUCUCUCGGCAUCGUUAACUCUCCCGCGUUCUUCUUUGUCGGACCAAACCCAUCACCCGUAUGUGUGGUUUGGUUUUGAUCCGAAAACUGAUGAUUACAAAGUUGUUGAGGCGAGUUCAUCUUUUUUCUUCCUAAAACCAGCCGACAGGAAAACAUAA